GUUCGAGUUGUGUAUUUGCGUAAUAAUAGACCGAGACGAGAAAGGACACGCCCACAAUCCCUCGUUCAGUGCCGAGCUCUGUGCCGUACGUGUCGACCAAAUUUCAAAGAGAAAUUUGUACACAAAUCUGUCACAAUUCGGACCUAAUUUCGCCUCAGAUUAACAGAUAUUUAGAUCUCUUUGGAACACUAAAAGUCAUUCAAUUGGGGUUUUUUAAUAUGCUGAUUCAGACGAGUCGUUAUACCAAGACCACCCUGGCUGGGGGGCAGAGAAAGAAGCAAGGUCCAAAGCCAGAGCUUACAGAAGAACAAAAACAAGAGAUUCAAGAGGCUUUUGAUCUAUUUGAUACAGAAGGAGCAGGCACAAUUGAUGCUAAGGAACUGAAGGUUGCUAUGAGAGCCCUUGGUUUUGAACCCAAGAAAGAAGAGAUUAAAAAGAUGAUUCAGGACAUUGAUAAAGAAGGUUCAGGAACGAUUGAUUUUAAUGACUUCUUACAACUCAUGACUGCCAAGAUGAGUGAAAAGGACUCUAAGGAGGAGAUCUUGAAAGCAUUCAAGCUCUUUGAUGACGAUGAGACGGGCAAGAUCUCUUUCAAGAAUCUCAAAAGGGUAGCUAAAGAACUAGGUGAAAACCUCACAGAUGAAGAGCUACAGGAAAUGAUAGAUGAGGCAGACCGAGAUGGCGAUGGUGAAAUCAACGAGCAAGAAUUCCUCAGGAUAAUGAAGAAGACAAGUUUAUAUUGAUGACACAAGGAUCCUUCAAGCGCUGUAAAUAUUGUAAAUAUCAAUUCAAGGUUAUAUUUGUACAGGGCUCAAUAUUGAUUGAGGGCUACUCUGGCCUUUACUAAAUAAUUUCAAUGUGAUAACUUGAGUAGAAUAAAAAAAAAAUUGUGAUUUUCUUUUUUUCAAAAUAUGAUGAAAAAUAAAAAAAGUCAAUUCAUUUAAAGGUUUAUGUUAUUUCAGUGAAAAAAAAAAUUGUUAUAAAUAUGCAAUGAGUGAGAAAAUCAUGUCAUCUCCUUGUUGAUGUCGUAUGAAGUUACACAAUUUUCGUAAUUUUCUCUUCUAUAUAUGACCUCAUUUAAAGUGCUUGAAAUCAUUGCUACAUGACAUGGGAGAUACAUGUAUUUUUCAUUGCAGAUGAAUGAAAAUGAAUUAAUCAAGAUUAUGUAUCAGGAAACAAAAACAGAAAAGGGGGACUUGACAUUUGAUCACUCAUGGUAUAUAUUCAUGAUGACAUGCACAAAACUAUUUUAUUGAAAUAAUUCAAAACUUGAAAAUUCCACAACUUUUAUUUUUAUUCUAAGACUUAUGAAAAUUUGAGUGUUUUGCUUGUUAAAUUUCACUUUAUUUAUUAAACUCGUCAAUUUCAGAUUGGAGUACCCCAUCAUAAGGUCUCGGUCAAAGAGCGCUGAAAUUCUCUCAAAAGAGUACCGUAAUUAACCUUUAUAUUGUUAUUUAUAAAAGGAAAACUGUUUUGAAAGUUCAGCGCAAUUUGCAAUGAAAAACACAAUACCAGUACUUAUUUCUGAAUUAGCCAUAAAUCUGAUCAAAAUUGACAACUUUUUAUCCAUCUUCAAACUUCUCUCCUCUUAGCUUGAUGAUCAGUCAUCAAAACUUUUUAAAAACUUAUUUAUGACAUUAAUGAUUUCUUCCAUUUAAGAGUGUAGUGAGGCAUUAUUGCAAUAAUGGAUAAUUGAUAUUCAGAUGCAUUAGUGACAAUUUUUAUCAGAUUUUCAUUUUUCUUAUUUUUUUUUCUUUUUCAAUUGGAGAUGUAAUGAGGUGUGGCAUGAAACAUAUUUUGCUCAGGUCCAUCUCCUUUUCCAUUUCAUUUGUUAUAAACAUCUUAAUAUCAAGGUGAAUUUCCCCCAUUAAUUCACUAAAUUUCUUGCAUAGGAUGUGUAACCUUUUGAUACAAUUGAUAGACAUUUAAAUGACCAAUCUUUGAAUAUUGAAUGCUGACCUCUUUACAAAGUGUAGCUCUGGAACUGGAAUAUGUUGCAGAAAACUUAAAUUUAUUGUAACUUUGCCACCAUUGGCAAGCAAGUGCCAUGAUAACAGGCCUCACCAUGAAAAUAAGGUUUCCAUGGAAAUUACCCUCAAUUGCAAAGUUCCUAUAAGAGUGAGUUCUAUAUUUGAGAGUUGGCUGUUUUUAAAUCUAAAAAAAGGUUAGUGCACUCUAAUCUGUAUUGAAGAGUUUUCUUUGUUAAUGUUGAGCCCUGUUCAUUUUACUAAAGCACUAAGAUGUCUUUGUAAAUUGUGUGUAUACUUGUACUUAGGAACUAUGGAGUUUAUAUGAAUUUUUUUUAAAGUUUGCAUCAUAAAUUAAUUAUGAACCGUCCUUAAUGCACCAUAUAGAUAUUCUAUAUUUACAUCACACGUUGACAUUUGAUUUUUCGAGACAAAAUUUCAGAAGAGAAUUUGUGAAAAUUUGAUGUUUUUCCUAAUUCUAAAUUGAACAAUAGGUAAUUGUGGUGUGAUAUACCGGUAUUCUAAAAGAAAUUGUUCUGUGUACAUGAACACAGUUGAUUUAGUGAUACGAUUUUCUUCUUCCAAACUUCAGUCUUAUAAAUCAGUUGUUAAUUCUCUUUAUAAAUGACAGUAUAUGGGGUUCACUCUGCCGCAAUCUUUUUAUAGUUUUGCUUCAUGUAUUUUUUUUCUUCCUAAUUUGACCUGUAUGUAUGCAAAUAAUCUGAAACAGAAUUAUCUAAAUCUCAGUCAAUAUUUCUCUAUAGGACUCAAUGUAAUUUGGUCAUGGGGAAUGUAUGCAGCAGAGAAUAUGAGGAUUCAUGAACACUCAUAACCCUUCAGGUUUCAUCACAAAUGAUAAUUGUAUCAAAUGUAUUGUAAUAUAUAUAUAACACAGUACUCUAUUGGUCAGACCAUGCUAAUGGGACUCUGCACUGCUCGUUCCAUCUUGUGAUGUUAUAAUAUUGAACUUGAAAAUCCCAGUAAACAGUCUAUGUAAACCAUUAAUUGAGAAAUACCUUGUAACUAUUAUCCUGUAAAUGUUAGAAGCAGAUACUGUACAUGUGCAUUUUUUUAAUUGUGUCCCUUUCUAUAUUGACUAUUAUUGUUUAUAAGCAUUCCAGAUAUUUAUUGACUUUCAUUUGUAUUCAUGAGUGGUAAGUGAAAACAUAAGUUAGGACUGAAUGUACAUGUUGUGAAUGUAAUAAAUACCAGUCGUGUGAUUUGAAAUGUAA